AUGCUCCGUCAGACCUCUCGCGAGCGUCUUCCGCGUAUCGAUCGCCGCAUACAUCUCGCUCCCACUGCCCGUUCCACGUUCGUGCCCCCAACACUCAGGCCCGUCACCACAAGUACUGCACUCGCGACGAAGAUGUCGGACUACGUCGACCCCGCCCUUGACAGGAUCAAACCCCUUCUCAAACUCAUCACUGAGAACCUCGCCCGUGCACAACGCGACCAGGAAAAGGACGAGCUUGACGAAGAAGCACUCGUCAAGAACGUUCGAACUCUGAUUGAACAAGCUCAUGGUAUCCUCCAGGAAGCUCUUGGCGGAAUCAAGGCCCUCGACCCGGGAGGAAAAGUCUCGCAGCAGUCUCGUACAGCGGCACGAUCCAGCUUUCCACUGUGGUACGGCCCAGGCUUUCCUAAUGGCCGAACUGAGUCUGGUCACUAG